UAUUUUAUAUGAAAAGUCAUCUCAAUAAAGAUUAUUAUUAUUAUUAUUUCCAUAUUAGAAGAUUUCCUCAUAGCCCACGAGUCCAAGUUUGUUACCGGAAAGACGGAGAAAACAUAAACAAAGUUCAAAGUUGCCCAUGUGUGAAGAGCAAAAAGUUAGUUCCUUUGUUUUCUCUCUUUUUUUUUAUUUUUUUAUUUUUUUUUUUUUAUGUUUGUCUAUCCCAACUAGAUAUGACUCACUUUGCGGCGCCCUCCACAUCGUCCUUCGUGAUGAUGACACAAGAGAUCCCUUGAGAAUUAUUUUUCCCAGUCUCUCUCUCUCUGGACUUUCACAAACGCGCUGACCAGCAGUAUCGUUGACUCUCCUUAUCGUGUUGGACUUUGCAGCGGAUUUAGCGGAAAAAUGUUGAACACAGGGAAACUUGCCGGUAAAACUCUAUUUAUUACCGGUGCUAGCCGUGGAAUUGGAAAAGCUAUUGCGCUGAAAGCGGCCCAAGAUGGAGCAAACAUUGUAAUCGCCGCUAAAACCACCGAACCUCAUCCGAAACUGCCCGGAACGAUAUACACAGCAGCAAAGGAGGUUGAAGAGGCAGGAGGAAAGUGCCUUCCUUGUGCAGUGGAUAUUCGUGAUGAAAAUGCCGUCAACAGUGCAGUACAAGAGGCUGUGAAGACAUUUGGUGGGAUUGAUAUUCUUAUUAACAACGCUAGUGCAAUAAGCUUGACAGGGACUUUGGAUACACCAAUGAAAAAAUAUGACCUCAUGAACAGCAUUAAUGCACGGGGAACAUAUCUGUGCUCUCAAGCCUGUCUACCAUAUCUAAAGAUUGCAAAGAAUUCACACAUCUUAAACAUCAGUCCCCCUUUGAACAUGAAUCCUCUUUGGUUCAAAGGUCAUGUAGCUUAUACAAUGGCCAAAUAUGGCAUGUCCAUGUGUGUCCUGGGUAUGGCACAAGAAUUCAAGGAUGAUGGGAUUGCAGUUAAUGCACUGUGGCCUAAAACAGCUAUAGCUACAGCUGCUAUGGAGAUGCUGGGGGGCAAAGAAGCUCUAGCUUCCUGUCGCACUGAUCAGAUUAUGGCUGAUGCCGCCUAUGUUAUCCUGUCACGGGACAGUCGAGCCCGGACUGGAGAGUUUCUUAUUGAUGAAGAUGUUCUCAAAGAAGUGGGAGUCACAGAUUUUGAACCUUAUGCCUGUGUGCCAGGAAGCAAGCUGUUACCAGAUUUCUUCUUGGACGUUGAUGGUUCGGAUGCCAAAAACAUGAUGGAGGCUCAGAAGAACGCAAAUAACGUUUCACAGGAAAAAGGUGCAGGGGGAGUGGAAGGAAUUUUCGAGACCAUAAAGAGCUUAUGUGACAAACAACUUGUUAAUAACGUGAAGGGAGUGUUCGAGUUUCACUUAACUGGAAAAGACGAAGGAGUUUGGUUUAUUGAUCUCCUAAAUGAUGGAGGAUCUGCUGGCAAAGGCUCCUAUCCGGGAGGUGUAGCCAACUGCACAAUGACCUUAGACUCGGAGGAUUUUGUUAAGAUGUUUAAGGGUCAGAUGAAUCCAACUCAGGCGUUCAUGGGAGGAAAACUGAAAAUUAAGGGAGACAUGAUGAUAGCAAUGAAACUUGAGAAGCUCAUGGGAGAGAUGAAAUCCAAACUCUAAAGAAAAACACAGAUGAUUAAAUGACUUGAGUAACACGAAGUGCAAGUGAUUACAGAUGUAAGGAGCGUAAAAGAUUUGACAAAAGAUAUUUAUUUUCUAUGAGGUUCAGGUUCCAACAUGAUUAUGUCAUUCAAUGGUUUUUAUUAUCACAGAUAAUUCAGACAUGUCCUCCCGAACACUCCUCUUGAAUUGAAGUCUUUUUUGUGUUUAUUUUUAUUCUACACUUUUUUUAAGUGGGCUCAUUCCAUCGUAAGAGGAGGAAUUGGAACCACACGAUUACCACAAAGAUUGUUCCGUAAACUGGCUGUAAAGACUUUGAAGAUUACUUUCUUAAAAGAAAAUAGGAACAUCUUGCAUUUUACCUGUGAUAUUUUCUAGCUAUCUCCUUAAGACUCCAAACACAGAAAAAUUAAAUACAAGUGACAAGCGA